UCGGAGUGAUGGCGGUGGACUGAUCUUCCUCCUCUUCCUCUCCCUCAUCCUCCUGGAGUUGGUCCUCAGCCUGCAGACCCGGGGUGAGGAGCGAGCAGUCAUGUUGAUCCGCCUCAUAUCUGCGCUCAUCUUCCUCAGAGCCUCCGCGGAGCUGGGUGCACAGAGCACGGGACGCUCCCUGCAUCACAACGACCGGAACUUUUCAGACCCGGAUCACAUGGGACAAGAGCUCAUUCACUCCCAGCAGCCAGAGCUGGACCCACUGCCAGGUUCUACCUUUAACCUGAGAGUCCAGGUCAGUGACGUGCUGAGUCGUCGGCCCCUGAGCAAGGCACUGGUGGAGGUUUACGUCAACUACACCGUCACCAGCACUGCGCUCACCGGGGAGGAUGGCGGCGCUCUGCUCCACGUCCCUUACCUCGCCGGUGUGCCCGUCACCGUCGUGGCCAGCAAGGAGGGCUACAUCCACUCACUGCUGCCCUGUGAAACCAGCAGGAUGCCCAUAUUUUCAUCAGUGACCAUGUCACUACUUGGUGUCAAUCAAGGGAACAUCUGGCUCUUUGAGGAUUCGGUCCUAAUCACUGGAAAAACAUCUGACGCUCUGUCGCAGCCAGUGGUCCAGUUCCCCCAGAGCCUCCUGAAUCUAACAGAGGACAGGAACGUGACCUCGGUCCGAGCCUACCUGACCUUCCCCCAGCUGACGUCAGAGAGCCAAGGCUUUCUCAACACUGUGGGCAUCGUGGGCAGUAAGUCAGGGCUUGUCAGCGUGGAGCUGAGCCCGAUGGCGGCCGUGAGUGUGCAGCUCUUCUCUGGAGACACGGAGCUUCAUGUGAACGGCCCCGUGCAGCUCCGCCUCAGCGUUCCCGACAGCUGUGGACUUCAGAUGUCCAGCGUUGUCCCAGCGUGGUUCUUCAACCGGACCACUGGCGGGUGGAUGAGAAAAGGCCUCGGGAAGCUGGUGUCAGUCGAUGGAAAACUCUUGUGGACGUUCACUGCUCCUCAUCUCGGCUACUGGAUCGCAGCUCCUCUGUCCUCUACCAGAGGUUUUUUUGGACUUGCUCUUCCCAUUGACUUCAUCCUGCAGCAUUCGUCUCUCCUGAUGGUCGUACUGGGAGGAGCGCUUGUCAUCGCCAUCUGUCUUCUGGUCGGAUUGUUGUGUCAUCGCAGCAGAAGUUCCCCGAGCGGCUCUCAGACCAAGAGGAUCCUGCCGCUGACCAGAAGAGACCAAACCACCUCCACGUGUGACGAUGACGUCUUUGAGCUGCAAACACACAACGGGCUUCACCAGCCUCUCGCAGAAGAUCAUCACAACAGCAGUGUGAUAGCCAACCCCGGCGCUGUGUGCCUCACCGAGCUGGACCUCAACCCUGGACCGAAGGAUGUGACUUGUCUCUUUCAAACCACCGAGCAGAUGAGAUCUCUGGCUGAGAAUUUGUUUUUCUACAACCAGCCUGUUGCCAUCCUUCACGCUCCAGCAUUCUUCCAUGUGGAGGAGCAGGAGGAAGGCACCCAGCGGAGCAGGUCGGCUUCAACCGGCACCGCCUCCGAGCCGCUGAGUGAAGACAGCUUCACCCAGACACAGAGCAAAGGUCCGACUGGGACCCAGAACCAGGAGGGAGAGACGGAGGACCGGCUGGGAGUUCUGGAGGAGCCCACCACCAGCACAGCCAGGGGUCACUUCAGCCUCCCGGAGUCAGCGUCCGUCCCAGGAACACUGAACAGAAUCAGGGACAACAGACACUCGCUUCUCGCCUUCGGAGAGUUCUCCAGAGUCCCUCCGCCUCAGACGCCCCGGGCCUGGUUUGUGUCGCUGGAGGGGAAACCCGCGGCCGAGAUCCAUUACGCGGUGUCGGAGCAGCAGAGGAGACGGAGGCCGGUGGACAGUCGGGACACCAGUUUGGACUCGGGGGUGGACAUGAGCGAACUGAACCCGUCGACUGGAAGGAGGACCGUGACCCUGGAGCGCAAGGCUACCUUCACCAAAAGCACAUCUGGCAGCAAACCUCCAGCUCCACAGUAAAAGAACCUUGAACCCAGAACUCGUACAUUGAGCAGAAUCAUCCCGUGUAUGACAAAUCCUGUAGUGACCUCGUUAGUUUAAUAUUCACAUCUGCUUCCCGACAUCCUCUCUCUCCUCUUCUCUCCGGCCUCAAUGCUCCAGUUUGAACUGAACUCAUCUAAAUAGCUUUCAAGUGUCAAAUAAUAAUAUAACACACUGAUGAUUCAAAGUGAUCUGUUCCACCCCCCCC